UGCCAGCUGAGCAGUCCGUGAAGGCAGCAGUACUGACGGGGAACAGGCAGAAGAAUCGUCGGGGCCAGGCAGAGAAGUCGUUACCAGCUGAGCAGAUCAAUUCCAGAAACGCUGAAGCAGAACACGAGGUCGGGGACGAAAGGCAGGACGGCUACGCUCGAGCAGGAUCUUAAAACGAAACAGGACUCUGACCAGAUCUCAGACAGUGGAGAAUACACGCGGCGCUGCGGGCGAGAUGCAGCGAAACGUGGUUAUACUGUGCCUUUCUGUCUACUGUAUCCUUAAAGCAGUGCAAUGCAGUGCUCAGGACCUUCCCUGCAACGUCACUCGGGUGAAGGGUGAACUGACACGCUACAGUUUCCCAGAGUUCAAAGCAACUGACUGCAUCUAUCAGUACUUAAACAGCUCCCUAAAAGUCAUCGCCAAUCACGGCGACGAUGUUGAUGAAGUGGUGGUGAGGAAAAGCAACCAGACUCUCGUCACCAAGAAGUGCUUGAAACGGAUCUACUACAGGCGCGACUGCAUCUCUGAGGGGACACCACGCCAAGGGACCUGCGAGACUGACUGCACUUGGCCUGAAGAUGAAAAAGGGAUUUCCCAAACUGUCGGGAUUGUUAUUGGUGUCAUCGCCGUGCUGCUGCUGCUGCUGCUGCUGGGGUUCCUGUACUUCUGGUUCAAACACAAAAAGAAGACGUACCAUCCGCCCAGCCAGGAUGAUUCAGAGAGUGGAGCGAGUCAGAGAGAUUCGUCGUUCUACUUUGCUACAAGGGACCUCCCUCCUCCUCAUAGCUCUAAAACAAUCCUCGGAAAUGACCCCCAACCACCCAGCCAGCCAACCAACCGGCCCCCGCUCCCAGUGGAAAAGUCCCCGUCUCUCUCAGCCUGGACAGGAACCAUCGGCGUCCCCCCUCCUCUAACUGCAGCUCACUUUGACUCACUUUAA